CAGUGUGAACAAUGCUUAUUUGCACAGUUUUAUUCGCGCUGACUCUGACAAAAGUGUGCCUAGCGGCCGCGGGUCCAAAUAUUCCCACCCAAGAAUUAGACCCGCAGUUUUGGAAUCGAAUGGCAAAGAGUCAGAUCAACGCUCGGUUGAAGAUGUCUCACAACUACAACACAGCGAAGAACGUCAUAUUCUUUAUUGGAGACGGCCUGGGACCUACUACCGUGACGGCGGCCCGGAUACUCAAGGGGCAGCUGGCGGGGCAGCCAGGGGAGGAAACCGUGCUCGCCUUCGAACGCUUCCCAAACGUCGCCCUUUCUAAGACGUACAAUGUUGACCGCCAGACUCCAGAUUCUGCCGGAACUGCCUCCGCCAUGUUGAGCGGCGUCAAAACCAACUACUAUUUGAUCGGCCUCAACGCCCGGGCCAGCAGGGCGGACUGCGAGGGUUCAAAGGGCAAGGAGAUGGACACCAUCUUAGACUGGGCCGUCAGGGCAGGCAAACGCACCGGAAUAGUAACGACUGCCAGGAUCACUCACGCCACGCCGGCGGCCGCUUACGCUCACGCCGCCGACAGAUACUGGGAGGGUGACGUGAAUACAAAGGGCAUCACCAGCUGUCGGGACAUCGCACAACAGCUGGUGGACGACAACGCCGACAUCAAUGUGCUUUUCGGCGGUGGGCGUCGCCACUUCCUGCCUAACACUACGGCGGACCCGGAAACGAACACAAUAGACAAAAACCACAGACAAGAUGGACGCAAUCUUAUUGAAGACUGGACGAAGUACCAGACGUCACGGGGACGCCGGUCGGCCUACGUGUGGAACCUGGACCAGUUCAAUGCCGUCAAUCCCACCGACACCGACUAUAUGCUCGGCCUGUUCGAGCCGAACCACAUGCAGUACGAGCUGGAGCGUAACACGAGCCGGGAGCCGUCCAUCGCCAUGAUGACACAGAAAGCCAUUGAGGUGCUCCGAAAAGGGGACAAUGGCUACUUCCUCCUCGUAGAGGGUGCGCGCAUCGAUCAUGCUCAUCACGACAGCUUGGCGAAGAAAGCGCUUCACGAGACGAUUUCAUUCGAAGCCGCGAUCAGCCAGGCGGUUGCAAUGACCAAUCAGGAAGAUACUCUCAUUGUCGUCACGGGAGACCACUCUCAUGCCUUCGAUAUUCAGGGCUAUUCUUACCGAGGCCUUGAUAUUCUGGGACUGGCCGAUCCAUUAGAGGAGGACGAACCGACCCUGGACCAGAAGCCCUACACCAUCCUUCAAUACGGCAACGGACCCGGAUACGAGACGCCUCGGAAGAACCUCACCGGCGUCGACACACACGGCAACAACUACAUCUUUCCUAGCGGAGUUCCGGUCGAGUGGGAGACCCACGGGGGCGAGGACGUGGCUAUAUACGCACAGGGGCCCAUGGCUCACCUGUUUUAUGGAGUCCAGGAACAAAACUACAUCGCUCACGUGAUGGCAUACUCGGCAUGCAUUGGUCCGUACACCACAUCAUGUGAUCACGGCCAACCAAUAGAAUGCACCAGCGGCUGUGAACACGUUUCUCUUCACAUAUAUGCGUUUAUUGCUCUAUUGUUUGUUUCGUUGGUGUAAUUGUGACUUCUAACCUUUCCUCUUUUUUGAACGACAUGUAUUACUCACAUAUUUUAGCGAAUAGUAGCACUUUUAACCAGAUAAAUAAGUUGUCAUCGAAACUUUCAUCCCGAUUACAUAAAUCUCAAAGCUUCAAAUAGCAAUUUAUGUUUAAACUCAAAGAAUGUUUUUACAUAGAAGCACGUCCUUAAAAAGGUGGUUUGAACCCUUCAUUAACCCAUUUAUGCCUAACGUCUUGAAAAAAGGCCUUUGCAAACAGCGUAGACCCAGAUAAGACGCCGCAUGAUAGGAAUUUCUGUAAGAAAUAUUCUAAAUAUAGAAAUAAAUAUACAUGACAUCCCUAAUUUUGGAAAUAAAUUGAUCCAAUUCUGAAGGAUGGGAGAGUCCACUAGGCUUAAAUGGGCUAACUACUUGAUGAAUCGAGCCCAAAACAAUUACAGUUGAUGGCCUGAUUGUGUACUUGAUCGUUAAGAAAGUAAUUUUUACUUCAAAGAAUUUUGUGAAAUCUAUAUGGGUCAUAAACUUAAACAUUGUAUAACUAAGUGUGAAGAUGUUUGUAUAAACAAGAUUUUGUGUGACCAGUUUUGUCAGAGUUAUGGUCCUUAAUGUGAAGAUAAUCAAGAACAUAUUUUGGCUGCGACAAGGUUCGACAGACUUUUGGUCCUGUGUCGGGUUUCCCACUAUAGAAUUAGAAGUUGAAAUGCUGCGAUCAUUGAAUUGACAGGAAUUUCAGCUGCGAAAGGUUUUGGAAGUUAUAUGACCAAUUGUAUGUUUUCCCGAUGUGUGUUGUUGGCGUAUCAAAAUCAUGGCACAUGUCUUGUUUCGUUAUGAAACUAUAUAUAAAUGAUUUUAACCGAAUGAAUCUCAGACAAAUAAAUUUAAGGAUGAUAAUUUUGUUAUUCAUCCUUAAAUAUUAUUGGUAAAUACCCCCAUAUGUAUUUUGUAAAUACUGCCAUAUGGCAAUACUUUUACGUCAUGGUUGUUUUAUCGGGAUCUCCAUGAAAAUAUAAGGUUUUGUAAACAGAUUGCAAGUUAUGACAAUAUAAGUUUAAGUAAUAAAUUGCAAUUGAAAAUGUACAUUAUUACAUGUUAAAACACUCAUGACUAACAAAUACAUUGAGACUAGUGUUCUAUAUGUGGAUAAUCAUAUAAAUGAGCCGUACUGUGUAAAAAGGGGUUUAAUGCAUGUGCGUAAAGUGUUAUCCCACAUUAGCAUGUGCAGUACGCACAGGCUAAUCAGGGACAACACUCCGCCUUAACUGGAUUUUUGCUAAGAAUAGACGUGCUUUAAACGAAAAAUAUCAUAAUAGCGGAAAGUGUCGUCCCUGAAUAGCCUGUGCGGACUGCACAUGCUAAUCUGGAACGACACUUAACACACAUGCAUUUAAGCCCCUUUUCACCGGAAAAGGUUCAAAUGUAUACAAUUACAAUUUGCUUGUUAUUCGUUUCAUUUUAAAUGUUAAAUGAUGCAGCAAUUUAAUCAAUAGUUCAAUACUGAAGGGCUUUAAGGAAUUUUAAAGAGAAGAUUUGUACCUCGAAGACAACUGUUUCAAAUUCAAGCGAAGGAUCUUUUAAAUUUGAAUUUAUUUCUUUAUUUUUAUGUCCCCCACUAUAGUAGUGGGGGACAUAUUGCUUUUGCCCUGUCUGUUGGUUGGUCUGUUUGCGCCAACUUUAACAUUUUGCAAUAACUUUUGCUAUAUUGAAUAUAGCAACUUGAUAUUUGGCAUGCAUGUGUAUCUCAUGGAGCUGCACAUUUUGAGUGGUGAAAGGUCAAGGUCAAGGUCAUCCUUUAAGGUCAGAGGUCAAAUAUAUGUGGCCCAAAUCGCUUAUUUUAUGAAUACUUUUGCAAUAUUGAAGAUAGCAACUUGAUAUUUGGCAUGCAUGUGUAUCUCAUGGAGCUGCACAUUUUGAGUGGUGAAAGGUUAAGGUCAAGGUCAUCCUUCAAGGUCAGAGGUCAAAUAUAUGUGGCCAAAAUCGCUUAUUUUAUGAAUACUUUUGCAAUAUUGAAGAUAGCAACUUGAUAUUUGGCAUGCAUGUGAACCUCAUGGAGCUGCACAUUUUGAGUGGUGAAAGGUCAAGGUCAAGGUCAUCCUUCAAGGUCAAAUAUAUGGGUCAAAAUUGCUCAUGUAAUGUCACUUCCGCAAUAUUGAAGCUAGCAAUUUUAUAUUUGAAAUGCAUGUGUAUCUCAUGGAGCUGCACAUUUUGAGUGGUGAAGGGUCAAGGUCAAGGUCAUCCUUCAAGGUCAAACGUCAUAUAGGGGGAUAUUGUGUUUCACAAACACAUCUUGUUUAAUCCAAGAUUAUUUUAAUCAUUACAGUUUUUGCAGAACAUGCAUUUACUGACAUGUUCCGAACAACCGAGAGUGUUAAACUAUACGACAUACAUGCAUAGACAACUUAAUAAGCAUUUGAAAUGAAGUAGAAAUUAGUGCACAUUUUUACAAACCUUUUUUUUUGUUUAAACAAGACACUUUGGUAGUAUUAUAUUUUUUCAAUGUAGUAAAUAAUAAAGAUUAAUUUAAAACA